GGUCCUGACGUCAUUGAAGCGCCCUGGCGAAGGGGAGCUAGUGGUGCUGGCAAGAGUGGAAAAAAAAAAUUAGGAUCUGCAAUUUUUAAGAGACAGCGACUACUGUUUGCGAACACUCAAAGAAUAAUCAGAUGCUAAACCAUCUACUGAUCAUCCAUGCAAACACCCAGAGGUGAUGAAACUAUCUUCAGCUUGGACAGUGGAUUAAUUAAGAAAAGGUCCUUCAACACUAGACUUAACAUCAGUGUAUUUUUUUGUGUAAUAAUCCUGGGUGCUGCAGUAAAGAAAAAAAGCACAAUAUUUCUAUAACUUUCUUUUUUUAAUAAGUAUCAUUUUGUUAGUUUUAGAGAUAGUAUUCUAAAAUAUAAUUUAAGCACAGUGACUAGCUUUUUUAUCUUAAUCAAAUAAAAAUCCUACUUAUUAAAGUAUUAUUACUGAUGUGCAUUGACUAAAUUAAAUGCAAUUCAGUUCAAAAGUAGGCAUUAUAAAUCUUGGGUGGUGACAUAGGUGGUGGAAAAAAAAGAAAGCUAGAUUUGUAAAUUAGUGAACAUGUAUGGCAGCGCCCGCUCGGUUGGGAAAAUAGACAACAACAGUGGAAGCAAUCAGAGUCCAGGCCGCUCCCCACGACUGCCUCGCUCUCCACGACUUGGUCACAGGAGGACCAAUAGCACAGGUGGAAGUUCAGGUAGCAGCGUUGGAGGAGGAAGUGGUAAAACAUUAUCAAUGGAGAAUAUUCAGUCAUUGAAUGCAGCCUAUGCCACCUCUGGACCUAUGUACCUAAGUGAUCAUGAAAGUGUAGGCUCUGACUUACCAAAAAGCACCAUGACCUUAGGACGUUCUGGUGGACGUUUGCCUUAUGGAGUGCGCAUGACUGCCAUGGGGAGCAGCCCAAAUAUUGCUACCAGCAGUGGACCAGGGGCUCCUGGUAAUAGUGGAGUGGCUAGUGACACUAUAGCCUUUGGAGAUCAUCACCUACCAGCAGUUAGCAUGGCUUCAACAGUGCCACAUUCUUUGCGACAAGCUCGUGACAAUACAAUAAUGGAUCUACAGGCUCAGCUGAAAGAGGUGCUCAGAGAGAAUGAGCUGCUCAGAAAGGAAGUAGAAGUUAAAGAAAGCAAAUUGAGCUCCUCAAUGAACAGUAUAAAGACUUUCUGGAGUCCUGAACUUAAAAAGGAGCGAGCCCUUCGCAAAGAUGAGGUUUCUAAGAUUGCUGUCUGGAAAGAGCAGUUUCGAGUUAUACAGGAAGAGACUCAGCAUUUACAGAUGACGAUCCAGGCACUACAAGAUGAGCUCCGAAUUCAGAGAGAUCUGAACCAGCUUUUCCAACAAGAUAGUAGUAACCGUGCAAGUGAACCACUAACUUCUGAGUUGACUGAGGAGAAUUACCAAAGAUUACACACUGAACAUGAAAGACAAGCUAAGGAGCUCUUCUUGCUACGCAAGACUUUGGAAGAGAUGGAACUACGCAUUGACACUCAGAAGCAGACUCUAGCUGCCCGAGAUGAGUCUAUAAAGAAGCUGCUUGAGAUGCUGCAAAGCAAAGGACUGUCUGCUAAAGCCACAGAGGAAGAUCAUGAGCGCACAAGGCGCUUAGCAGAGGCAGAAAUGCACGUCCACCAUUUGGAAAGCCUUCUUGAUCAAAAAGAAAAAGAAACUGCUGCUCUUAGAGAGGAACUCCAUCGUCGAUAUGAAGGUGCCCCAGAAUCUGCCAAGACUAAGGCUCUGCAAACUGUUAUUGAAAUGAAGGACACAAAGAUCAAUUCUCUGGAACGUGGAUUGCGGGAUCUGGAAGAAGAAGUACAGAUGUUAAAAUCAAAUGGUGCUUUGAGUACAGAGGAAAGGGAAGAAGAAAUUAAACAAAUGGAGGUUUACCGUAGCCAUUCCAAGUUCAUGAAAAAUAAGGUAGAACAGCUGAAGGAAGAGCUUAAUCAGAAAGACGCACAAGGGGAAGAGCUGCGAAAGCGGGUGGCUGGUCUCCAGCUUGAGAUUGACCAGGUGAAGCAGGAACUGUCUCGGAAAGAUACAGAAUUACUAGCCCUCCAAACCAAGCUUGAAACUCUGACUAAUCAGUUCUCAGACAGCAAACAGCACAUAGAGGUCCUAAAGGAGUCUCUUACUGCUAAAGAACAACGAGCUGCUAUCCUACAGACAGAGGUGGAUGCCUUACGUCUACGCCUUGAGGAAAAGGAAACCAUGCUCAACAAGAAGACUAAACAGAUCCAAGAGAUGGCUGAAGAAAAAGGCACUCUCAAUGGAGAAAUCCAUGACCUGAAAGACAUGUUGGAUGUUAAGGAGCGGAAGGUCAAUGUCCUGCAGAAGAAGAUUGAAAAUCUUCAAGAGCAGCUGAGGGACAAAGAGAAGCAAAUGACAAGUUUGAAGGAGCGGGUUAAGUCCUUACAAGCAGAUACCUCUAACACCGACACUGCUCUGGCUACAUUGGAGGAAGCAUUAGCUGAGAAGGAGCGCAUAAUUGAGAGACUAAAAGAACAAAGAGAUCGGGAUGAAAGGGAGAAGACUGAGGAGAUUGAGAACACUAAAAAAGAACUGAAAGAACUUAGAGAAAAAGUCAGCACACUGCAGGGAGAUCUGUCAGACAAGGAGACAUCUUUGUUGGAUUUGAAAGAACAUGCUUCUUCACUUGCUUCCUCUGGUCUCAAGAAAGAUUCAAAAUUGAAGAGCCUUGAAAUAUCAUUGGAACAGAAAAAAGAGGAAUGUUUAAAGUUAGAAAUGCAGCUUAAGAAGGCCCAUGAGGCUACAGUUGAAGCUCGUGCUAAUACAGAGCUCUCUGAGCGAAUUCAUGCACUGGAGAAAGAAGUGGCACGGUACAAGGAAGAAGCCAGCAAAUCACAAGCUGAGGUGGACAGGCUACUAGAAAUCUUGAGGGAAAUGGAAAAUGAAAAAAAUGACAAAGAUAAGAAGAUACUGGAACUUGAAAGGCAGACGAAAGAUCAGAGCAAGAAGGUAGCUAGUCUGAAGCACAAAGAGCAAGUUGAAAAGAAGAAGAAUGCUCAACUGAUGGAAGAAGCUCGUAAGCGAGAGGAUAAUAUAAACGAAAGUUCUCAACAGCUUCAGGACUCCUUACGCAUGAAAGAUGACCGAAUUGAAGAGCUAGAAGAAGCCCUAAGAGAAAGUGUUCAGAUCACCGCAGAACGGGAAAUGGUUCUUGCACAGGAGGAGGCUGCAAGGUCUCACGCUGAGAAGCAGAUGGAGGAGCUUUUAACUGCCAUGGAGAAAGUCAAGCAAGAACUUGAGUCCAUGAAAGCUAAACUGUCUUCUACGCAGCAGUCUCUGGCUGAGAAAGAAUCUCAUCUAACCACACUUCGAGCAGAGCGUAGGAAACACCUGGAGGAGGUCCUAGAAAUGAAGCAGGAGGCCCUGCUGGCAGCCAUCAGUGAGAAAGAUGCAAACAUCGCCCUACUUGAGCUGUCAUCAUCCAAGAAGAAAAAAACUCAGGACGAAGUGGCUGCACUUAAAAGAGAAAAAGAUCGGCUGGUACAGCAGUUGAAGCAGCAGACUCAGAAUCGAAUGAAAUUGAUGGCUGAUAAUUAUGAAGAUGACCACUUGAAGUCCAGUUCACAUUCAGACCAGACCAACCACAAGCCCUCUCCUGACCAGAUCAUCCCCCCACUUCUAGAUCUCUACCAGAACCACAGUAAACUGAAGCUGUAUAUUGGACACCUGACCUCACUAUGCCAGGACCGUGACCCCCAGAUUCUUCAGGGACUGACCCCACCCACCUCUUAUCAUCAUGAAAACAGAGCAGCUUGGGAGGAGGAGCUGCAGAAGAUGGGUCUAGAACAGUUGGAAGCUGAGCUAGAAAAAUGUGAGAAGGAAAGCACAGAGCUUCAAGAAUAUGCCAAUGCCAUCCUCCAGCAGAUAGCCGACCACUGUCCUGACAUUCUGGAGCAAGUUGUUAAUGCUCUGGAGGAGUCGUCCUAGUUCUUCUCACAUCAAGACCGCAAGAAGCCCCGUUUUCUAUUUUGUGCCCUCCUUCACUCUGUUUCCUCAUUUUGUAGACUGUUGUAAUAUUUGGGUCAGUAUUGCAGCUGGGCUAACGCUGUGCAUGUGUGAGUAUUCGUAGAAAAAUGUAGAGUGUAGGGCAGACUGUUAUUUACUCAGAUCCAAAUAAAUAAUAAUGCAGCCAUGGAUGCUUGGAUUGGCAAGCAAUAACUGCAUACUUGCAGCUGGAUGCAAAAAUCAAAAUGCUGAAAUCCUCUGCCUCUCAUUAGGACAAAGGUUGACAAUACUGGCCUAGCAAGGUGGUUUUCUUCUUUACUUUUGUUUUGACUAUCCUAUAGAUGAUUUUAGCAAGUAAAUUAUUUAAUACAGUCUUUAUUAAAACAGAGAUAGUUUAAACAAAUUUGGAGCAAACCUCCACCCUGCAGACCUAAGGAGCUGUUCAACAGACACAAACACAUUCCCAGUGUCCACACAGCAGUCUUUCUGCUUAAACACAUAAAGCCGUUUAUGUAGUGCAGACAUGCUUAAUUAUGUGACAUAGGACUUUCAAUUAACAUGUAUAAAUCAGUCAUUAUACUUAUCAAAGACCAUGACUGGUUAUUUAUUUGGUAUAUUGUUCAUAGUAGGACAAAAUACUUUUAGCCCCCAAAAGAAGGCGUCUAUGUAGACUAGGAUCUCUCUGUCAUGUGAAAGUGCCACCUAGUGAUGUGUUGAUGGCAUUCCACGUUAAAGUUAAACCAAAACAAACCACAUCUGGGGAGAAGUGGCCAGAGUUGUCUGUUUAUGGGGUAUGUCACCUGGAGCUAGGACUUCAUCUAAAACAUGUGGACCACCAUAGAGGUCUGUGGCUGUAAGUUAACAUUUAUAUGGAUGUCUUCUACUGGGCACUGCUAUUUCCCACACAUCAACCAAUAUAAAACUUGGUGUUUGUUAAUGGAAAACUAGAAGACAAAUAAUAUAAUGAGGAUUAAUAUGAGGAAUUUUUCAGCUCUACCAGCACUGAAAUAUAGGUGCCACAUUUGCUCAUUUUGGAGCGUUUUUGUUCCAUUGUGAAUAAAUAAUAAUGUUCUAUUGAAAAUAAAGUUACAUGUCCUAUUGUGGCAUGGCCCUUAUGGAGCAUAUGCAGUGAGAAUAAGAGCCUGCACGCAUGCUUGUCUAGUCCUGGAUUGCAGUUGGAGAGACACAUGGGUAACGUGCUUGCAUCUGUCUGAGGGGGCUGGAGCCAGUUAGAGAGGCAGUGGAUGGCAGUCUGGGAUUAAGCCAUCCUACCCACCUUGUCAAAGCGACAGCCGAUUUCCUUUGCACUCAUGAAAGCUUAUCUAAGUAGCUGUGUGUCACCAGCAUUCAUUUCAUUGCAGUUCUGGUUAGAUGGUACCUACAAGCGUCUAGGGGCUACAAAAAUAACGCCAUUAGUCUUUUUUCUGCCAGUUUGGGGGCUUUUGUUCACGUAUGAAAUGUGACAUGCAAGAAGUGAUGGGAUUGUAAAUGGCUAUAAGAUGCUGUGUAAUUUAUUACUUACUGAACAUGUUAAAGCAUUAUCUGAAUGACAAAAUUGCAGUAUCUACAGAUGAAAAAAAAGCCUGGUAUCUUUUUCAACCAGGCAUACUUCUGAAAAAAAUGCCAUUAAGGGUUUUGCUGCUAAAUUCUCAUUGAGCUUUGAUCCGUUACUUUUUUUUUUCUAUAAAUAUAUAUAUAUAUAUAUGUUAAGAGUUACACAUUUUGCAUAUAUUUACAUAUUGCUACUCCCUCUCAUAGCUCUUGGCAUGGACUUUCUUUUGUAAAUAGGAACUGUUAGUUGUUUUAGGUAGCUUAACUUUUAUAACAGGCACUUUAUUUAAAACAAAAACUAUAGGAGUAGGAAGGAGCCUAAAAAGUGCUAACAUAUGAUUGGUUAUCCUAUAUGAAAGGUUUCCUGAUAUCCAAAGUACACAGUGUACUUGACAUGUACAUUACAGGCCAUGGUAGCAAUAACUUCGUUUCCUUUUUGUCCUAUAAAAGUUCAUUUCAAAGAGCGGCCUGAUUUGGGUUCAAGCACCAUGUCUGGUAAGAGUGUUUAGCAAAGGUCCCAAAGGAAUAGGACAGUUUUCAAGCACUAUCCUGUUAUAAAUGGGUGUCUGCCCAAACCUCUCUUCUAAUGAGUAGGCCACAUUUGAAAUGGUAUUGAGUGACAGUAAAAGGCUUUAAGCUAUCUGUCUGUCUAUCUGCAGAUAGAAAUGCUUACGCUUUAUUGGCCAUUUCCCAGUAAUUUAACAGGAAGAUUAGAAUUGCGGAAUGGUCAGGCAAAGAUCACCUGUUAGCAAACAAACAUACAGUAUUUCCUGAAAUGUGUUAACACAGAUACCCAGGCAGAUAGGUGAUGCAUGAUAAUAAAAGAAUCAGCUCCAGUGAUAUCACUGAAAUAAAAGGAGCCUUUGAAAUUUAUUACACCCGUGCUUAUCACCGGCAUUCCACAUUCCUCUGUCUAAUAAACACAUAAUGGUGUUUUGAUUGCCCAAAUCACUGUGAUUACAUUGAAUAGUACAGGUUCUAUUUGUGACUGUGCUUAAGUUAAUCUUCAGGGGACAAAGCCAUCGACCCCAAGACCCAGUUCUCUCAUUUUCUGCCUACACAUCCUAGUGGGAGUCAGAGAACGCAAACAGGAUGAGCACCAAUGGCCACACUUCCCAGUCACCAGCAGGAGAUUCCCACUCCUACUAGAGAAAUGACACCUUUCCAAAUUCAGCGGAUAAUAUGUAAAGUCACAUUCACUCCGAUUUGAUGAAAAUGGAAAGGUAUUUGUCAGCCAGAUUUUGAUCUGACAAAAAGCAGAUAAUCCCUCCACUCCCCCAAAUGUUAUUUUCUGCCUCCAGAUUCAGUGGUGUGCUUCUAAGACAUUUUUGGUAAUUUGAAAAAUUGUAAAGUGUUGUUUAUGGACUAAUCCAUUUUUGUGACUUCACUGUCUUUAAAUAUAUUCAUUUCAGUAAAAUCUGCACUCAUCUCAGAAGCCUUCAAAUGAAAAGAGCAUCUUAAAACACUGACAGCAGCUGAGGUGUAUGGUUUGCUCAGCUAGUGACCUGUUGUUAAUUAUGUUGUGUCAUCCAUAUCAAAGAACAGGUGCGGAGUACAGAAUUUAUCCACAAUCUCUCGUUUGCACAUGGCAGCAGCAGGAACCUAGCGUGAGGUGAUGGUUUAUCAUAUUAUAUAUUAUAAUAAUAAUAUAUAUUUAUAGAAUGUGGGGGUCAAUAAUGGCUUAACAAAUAUAGUCAACAAGUUGCUGACAAGCAUCCUAUACAUCAAAAACACAAUCUCAAGUAGUGGUUUUGCGUGUUGUUUUCCAUUAAAUCUCCUUAUAUUCAGAUUAUGGAGUGGAAGCCAUCAACCAAGCCCAGUGCAUGAAAGUGAGCAGUGCUUGUAGGCUUCCAUGAAUCGUCUUUUUUAAAUCAUCAGGAUGAGAUCAUAUCGUCCAGUAGCUAGUUGCUAUGUACUUCUUUCAUGACAAGCAGUGGAAAACAUUCCACAAUGACUUUAUUGCCAGUAAUAAUCAUUCUAAAUGUGAAUGUAAGAGUCAAAGGUACUUUGUAAAAACUAACAAGAGGAUGACUUCUUACAGUUUACAGCCUUAUCGUGUGAAGAAAGAUUAUCCGAAGGAGAUUGGUCACACUGUUUAAAACAAGUUCAAGUCGCUCCCCUUCUUAGUCAGUCAGGACUUUGAACCAUUCUCCUCCCUGGCCAUGGAGUUGUUGGUAUCUCCUGCCUAAAUGAAGUUCACAUCUGCACAUACUGUAUGUUACUUCAACAUUUAAAUUCAUGUAAAGGUUCCUGCCCGGAAAAAAAACCUAAAAGUGAUGAGUUAUUAAAACGCAAACAUUUGUAUUUCUGUAUUAUUUGACUAAUUGUUUAUUCAAGUGUACCACCCAGUACAGUUUUGUUUUUCUGUAUGUCUUGGCUCAGAUGUUUUCAAGCAGUGACAGUUUAUUACACUAGUCAUGUUGUUUUAUUGCACUGGUAAUGUCAUUUGUUUGGAGAAGUUUAAAAUGACUACUGCUCAAUUAUAUCUAAUCAACCUGUCAAAUCCUGCAGAAUUUAGGCAAUUAAAUCCUGGAGUCCAUUGAAGAAUUCUGGUCUCCAUAGACACACAGAGGACACGUAGGUGUGUGACCUUUGACCCUCUCCUCUAUGUCUCAUUCGUCUGUUGUAAGGCCAGCUCUUGCUAGCAUUUCUUUUCUCCCACCAUAAGUUUUUUUUUUACAUGAAUAUUCCCCUUACAUACAACGCCCUUUAUCCUUCCUUCAUUUUUUUUUGCAAGAUGGUGAAUCAUUCUCCUUUCAAUGCAUGGGCCUUAAAUGAAACAAAUUUUAUUUAAUGUGCUGCACCAAGUGAAAAAAGCAUUUAUGCUACCCGAUAUCAAAGGAAGUACAGGUCACCAUUUAUUAAACAAGAUUGCUGGAGGUUUUAUGGUGUGUAAGGCAUUUGGACAAAGAACCAUUCAUUGGCACUGCUCUUAAAUACUUUGCCAAAGCAGGGGGAAAAAAGCAAGCGAAAAACGACCGCUGUUUCAGGCAGCCAUAUUAUCCUGAACUUUCCCUUUUCUACGUUUUUUCAGAUCACUAGAAAUUGGCACCAUUUAAGGCUAAUGAACAUGACUCAGUCACAGGAACGCAUCUUGCUUUGUUCUUUGAAAGGGAAACGCUGGUGUGCCUUAAACGGACCAAAAAAAAAUCUGAAGUCCAUUUACAGCGUAUUGUCCAUUUCAUGCUAGACAUCUCCACUUAUACUGUGCCAUUAUUUAGUGGUGCAGGUUCUAAUGAUCAGAAACACAAAAAAUAAUACAAAUACUCUAUUUGCUGAAGAAGCUACCAGAAAUUCCUAGGAUUAAAGAGAGCAUGUACAAUAUAAUACUUGUUCCUCUUAAAUUUAAAUGACUCAGAGAAGCCAACAUUAGGGUUUUGGAUGUUAUUGAUGAAUGUUAUCAGUAUCUUUGUUUUAGUUUAUUUAUCUAUGUAGGGUGGUAUAAGAGUGAGUUUGUAUGUUCGUCUACAGGAGAUUUCUCUACUUGUAUCCUGAAUGAGGGCAGGUCAGAUUAACAGCCCAGCACGUGUUUAGUGGUGUACUGGCAUUCGCCCUGGGGCUUACCUUGUCUCACACCAAAUGGGGAGGGGGGGGGGGGGGGGGGGGUGAUCGGAGACCACACUUUUAUUAAAAAAAAAAACAGUAGCAGCCCUGGGUGGAGGGCAGACACACAAUUUAGAAUGUUUGAUUUGGGUUCAAAUGAACGUCUUUGGAGCAUGGGAGAAAUCUGACAGACUAGAAAAACAUGCAAACUCGACACAUCCUGUGCCCAUGCCAGAAACUGAAUGUGGCUAAUUUGCAGUAUGCCUGCUUGAAUAUGUAACACUGUCAGCAAAUGGAAUACUUCCUUUGGUGCUUUAGGAAAACAAAUAAAAGUGUUAUAAAAUGGACUUCAGGGGUUUUACAGAGGUCAAUAGUUAGUAGUCCAUGAAGUUGCUCUCUGGUGCUAUGGUCUUUUAAAGAAAGGGGUAUUAAAAAAAUGCCACCUUUGUGCCAGGUCAAGUCCCACGUCACUUAAAGCCAUUUGUCAGCACUGAUGUGGCACAUAUGGGCAUCUGUCUGUCUGUUACAUAUACAGCUUCAGCAAAGGGUUCUUAAAUGUUGUUAAUGUGACAUCCCAUUGGGAGGAUAAUUAACCUGAUGUUGUGAAUUUGAAUCUCACCCAUGAGCCGGUGUUGUGUCUCAAUGGUCCAUAUUUCAGACCGCAUUCAUCACUUCAAUAAGCUGCUCUCUGGUUUGCUUUUUUGUAUGUAAAUUCUUUCAGGAGAGACCAACCCUGUCUAGUAGUUGGCUAGUCUCGAAUUUUUAUAUUUUACCAAAAAAAAUAAAUCAGGAGCAGGCCGCCAAGAAAUUAGUAGUGAAUACCACUAGACAGAUGUACAUGCAUAUUCAAUAUACAUAUAUAAAUAUAUAAAAAUAAAUAAAUGAAUAUAUACAGAGAAAGAUCUUUAGAUAGCUAGAUGUAGAUUCUAUUAUAAGCUUCUGCACAGAAUGUCAAAGGGGACAGAAGAAAUCCUUCUGAACAUAAAUGGUUUAAAAAAAAAAAAAAAAAAAGUCCUUUUCAACUGAAUUUAAAUGUCAAAACAACGUGUAAAACUGGCAUUUUGAAACCGAUCUUGUGUGUUUGAUAAGUACUGUAACUCUGUACUUGGUAUCUAUAUUUUUUAUUUUGUUCAACAGCCUGGUGAUGACGAUGUUUGUGUGAUUCUGAGGCUGCGAUAGUAAAACUAAAAUGUGUUUUUAUAUUAACAGAAUUCAAAAUGACAAUAGUGUGUCAGAAAGAGACGAGCUCCAUACCCACACUGUUUUAGGACUGCUACUUGGCAAAGACAUUUUCUUUUAAAGCUGAACUGCCAUCUUUGUUGGGAUUGCUGGUAAAGAAAGAAAAAAAGAAUUAACUGUUGUAUUUUUUCCCUGCCAUUAUGCCCAUUUAACUAAUAUACUGUGUAUAUAUAUAUAUUCCAAAAUAAUGCUGAUGAAAUGUUUCACUAGACAACCCGUAGUGUAUCAUUUGUAGUCCAUCCACAGUACUCUGAAAAUUGUACUUUGAACAGCUGACGAUGCCACAGCCAUGAAAAUGACGCUAAACAAAGGUGUGGCAGCCGUUUUUUGUUGUUUUUUUAAACUCUGAAUUUUCCUCUUGUCUCCCAUUAUGGUUGUGGACAAUGUUUGUGCUUUCUUCUUGAUGUGUUUUACACAGUUAAACUACACUCAACAUAAGUCGAAUGUUCGGCUUGCGCCGUGUAAAGUGUUCUUCACGGGAGGGAUGCUUUUUGGUUUUUGAACCGAGAGAAACUCUGACGUUGCGCAGAACAGCAACACCUUGACAUGCCAUCCUAGUUGUCCCCAGUGGGUCAUGUCAGAGUGAAGGUGACCACAUGUGCAAGUGUACAGCCUGCUGCUAUGAGGGGGGGGCAUCAGAACACUCUCAGUGCUCCACUUGUCCUUGCAGACAUUUGUCUGGCCUGGUCACCUUCUGGAGAAUAAGCUUCACUAACAGUAGAAACAGGAGAAGACAUCAGAAAUUGCAGACACAAUCUCUAAUGCCACUGUCUUUUAAUGACUAAGAUAAUAAAUUAGGAUAAAACCGGCAGCUCAGCAUUGUUGUUCAACGUCCAGGCACAAUGCUGGGCCGCUGCUGUUCAUUUCUGUUUCAGUGAGAAGGCCACAGGCUCCUGCAGAUUCACUUUAGGUGGACAUACCAAGCCCUGUACACAUUUUACACUUGAGUUCAAUUCCUAGCCUGGCCCUGGUGCACACACGGCUUGUUCUCCUGCUGUCCUUGAGGGAUGACACACAAAGCCAGGCAGUGGCAUAGCUGGAGAGUCUAAAACAUUGUGGCCAGGCAAUAGCAAAGGCAGGCUCAGAAAAUGAAUGGAUGUGUUAGCCACUGCUGCCAAACAUACAUGACCUGUCCCCUUCAAAAGUGGCAUAGUGGUCUUUCAGAGGGAGCUAGCAGUUGUCAAAAUUUAUCAUCCUGCAUGAAGCAGUUCCUCACCAAAAUUCUGGUCCAUUUCACACUUUUACAACAACAAAAUUGCUCCUAGUGGAAAGGUGUACAAGUAAUAUUUUAGGAGGACAUCCAUUUUCUUAACCCUGUAAUUCCAAGUCGGGGUUCACAGAGACAGCAGCAGACACGAGGUGGGUGCCAACCCAAGCAGUGCUAUAAAGAAUAGUUUUUUAAUUUAACAUUAUCUUCUCAUUACUUCUAAAGUCCUGCUUUCAAUAAAUUUCCAUUAAUCCUCCACAGCCUCCCCCUAUUAAAAGCUGCGCUGUGCUGGAGCUUUGACUCCUCAUCUCUGUGCACUUGACAUGUUCUGCCCGGGUGUCCUGACGACUUGUGGGUCAACUUAAGCAGCCUGUUUGAACUGAGCAAAUGGCUGAACAUGUGCACAGCUGUCUGUCUGACAACACCUCCUGCUGCUGCCGCCACCAGUGGCUGGCAAUGGGGGGGGAAAACUUGCUUGGCCACUAGUCAGGAGGAAUGCUUCAGAAGUAGGGAGUUCAUUUUAUACUUGACUCGUGUGGUCCUUUCUCCUCCCGUUCACAUUAGCAAACAGCUAAGGUCAUCAAGCAGGAGUCCAGCAUGAGCCUGUCCACUUUACUUGUCACCAACCUGCAGCAUCAGAAAGAGUUUAGUACCUGCUUCUUUAGUGAGCCAGUCCCGCGCCGAGUGUCUUUCACAUUCACAAUAGAUGCUAAUUUGUAUAAAGAGCGGGUCUUUGCCAUUUCAUCCUAAGUAAUGAGCACAAGGCUUAGUCGACCUUGUCCAUUACCCAGCACACACCUGCCCAGGACUUCUCCUUUCCUAUUUGGCCUCAGUGUAUUUCUCUACUAGCAAUCCUACUGUCUGUGUCUUAAGGGUCCAUAUUGUUUGGGUAUACUUUUUUAUAUUUACAAAAACAAAAGGUGUGGAGCACUCAGUCACAUUUUUUUUGCAAUUAAAAUUACUGCCUUUAUUCAUCUGUGAUAAAACUCUGGAAAUUUCCUGUAUAAAAUGACAUUGUAUUGUAUUCAUCUUGGCCUUUGUACAUAAACACUAAGUUAUCAGUC